AUGGAACGGGUUCUUUUCCCGUCCACGUCGUUAACUACAGUAUGUAGGGGUUUAAUCCACAAAUCAUGGAAGUCGGCAGCUUUCCAUACAUCGACAGUAAAUCGAUGGCAAGAUUUCGAAAAUGAACGGCAUUAUGAGCCUGGAGAAGACGUGAUGAAGAGGGUUUGGCAUGGCUUAACCUAUGAUAUUAGGCGGUGGAAGAGACGGUAUAAUGAGGCACGUUAUGAUGCAUUUAGGAGACGCUACAUAAUAGCUCAUAUGAAAAAGUCUGUGAUAGAUAACGAAUUGUUCCCAUUUCGAACUGAGGUACUGAUCAUCGGUGGUGGUUUAACUGGUUCUUCGGUUGCAUAUUGGAUUAAGCAAUGUUAUCGUGAUGAGGAUUUCAAAGUUACAGUUAUAGAAAACAACGACAAGUUUGCACAAAGCUCAACAAUGCUUUCCUGUGGUGGUAUAUCACAACAGUAUUCGACUCCGGAACAUGUUGAAAUGUCUUUAUUUACCACCGAGUUUCUGAGACACACUGGCGAACACCUCAGAAUUUUAGAUAAUGACCCACCAGACGUAAGUUUCUUCCCAAUGGGGUAUAUGCACCUAGCUCAGACCGAGGAAGAUGUGGAAAAAAUGAGGGAAAGCUGGAAGUUACAAAUUGAGAAAGGAGCUCGAGUUGCUUUAUUAAACAAAGACGAGUUAAAACAACGUUUCCCGUCACUCAAUAUAGACACUUUUAUGUACUACCGUUUGGAAAAUGAAGGAUGCAUUGACUCGUGGCAACUUCUCUCAGCAAUUAGAGAAAAAAAUCUGACUUUAGGCGUUCAAUAUGUAAAGGGAGAAGUGGAAGGCUUUAUGUUCAGGCGUGAUGGGAGUGAUGUGCAUGGUUACGAAGCAGAAGACGUGGCUGAUGAAGUAGCAAUGAGUAGUCGGAAGUUGAUUGGGGCGUAUGUACGGCCACAGAUGACUGAUGCCUCACCGAGACCUAUUAGAUUUCAUUUCGUUGUUAACGCUGCAGGGCCGUGGGCAAGAAGUAUAGCAGAAAUGGCAGAUAUUGGAAUAGGAAAAGGGGUUCUUUCAAUACCGAUACCGGUUGCGUCAAGGAAGCGAACUGCUUACGUUAUUCAUGCUCCCGAUGCUCCAUCUUUAGGCAUGCCGGCGUUUGUUGAUCCAUCUGGUGUGUUUUGUUUGCAAGAGGAAGCCGGAAAUAUUUUCAUUUGUGGGAAAACUCCCAAAACAUUGGAGGAAGACCGAAAAAUUGACCACUCGAACUUGAAUGUUGAUUAUGACUAUUUUUACAAUGAAGUGUGGCCAGUACUAGUCAAGCGCGUCCCUACCUUUAAAAAUAUACAUAUUAAAAAUGCUUGGGCACGUUACGAAGACGUCAACUUGUACGAUAAUGCACCUGUUAUUGGAGAUCAUUUGUUGUAUAAAAAUUAUCUUAUUGCUUGUGGAUUUGGAGAACGUGGAAUACAACAUUCUUUGGCAGCUGCAAGGGGAAUAUCUGAAAAAGUUUAUGAAGGUGCAUUUUUAUCAAUAAAUUUGGGAAAGUUUGAUAUGCGAAGAUUUGUUAGCGGUAGGAAAAUAGAUGAAAUUUAUUGA